UAAUCAGUAUCGAAUGAACAAGAUAGGCCGAAGUCAUUGCUGGCUUAAUACAAGACAUUGCCCAAACUCCCUAAAUGUCGUGCCGAGAUGCGACCCUUUUGUACCUAUGUUAAAUAGGCAACAGUGGCGCAAGCGGGGCAGCAAGUCUUGGAAGAUAUCAAGUUCGUGGUGGGCUCACUGUCAACAUUCGCAAGGCUCGCAUUUUUCACUUACACACUUACUUGGGACUAUUGUUGUUGUGACAGACCAGCUGGACCCAACAAAUAUCCCUCGACGAUUGCCAUCAUUUUGCGGGCUUGCAGCCUGGGAAAGAUCUGCUAGGCGAGUCUGAGAUACAAUGAGUUUCGGAUUUGCCAUAGGUGAUUUCAUUGCCGUUGGAGACAAGGCAUGGGAUUUAUACCAAAAAUGUAAAUCGGCCAAGGGAGAUUACGAGACUCUGGAUGACCAUGUCAGAAUUCUCCACGAUGUACUCAAGGAAGUCAAUGCUUUUGUGUCCGAGGGAGACAUACCCGAGGUUCAAAACGAGCGCUCCUCUCUGGUAGCUGCGCGUGAGAACUGUCGCGCUACCCUGAAAGAACUGGAUGCCUUUCUGAUUAGACACGCGGGUCUCGUCAACGAGAGCCGAAAGCGGAAGUUUGAGCUCGCGAAAUUCAUCGUGAAGGAUGUGAAGAGUCUGAAGGCCAAGCUGGACCACAGCACUAAAUUACUACAAUUAAGCCUUCAAUCGCUUCAAAUGUAUUCGGUGAAUGAGAUCAGAAGCGAGCUGAAGGAUAUUCUGCGCGAAUAUCGGAGCGGGGCCAGAGAACCGACAGUGGUUUCUCAGGCAAUCUUCUCCAACAAACAAGCUGACGCCAAGACUACGAACGCUGAAGUCACACAGCAGAUCCAUGCAGAUCUCGAGGACAAGGAUAUCCAUCCAGUAUCUAUCAGUCUCAAUGAUAAAUUUAUACAGCAAUGGGUCGAAAAGAUGCUGGAAGAUGGUGGCCUGGAGGAGUCAAUAGAUACGAUCACAGAGACCGCCGAACCCGACAUUGAGCCGAUCCCUGACAAAUCGCAUCAGAAUAACUCUCCCACAACCACUCAUGCCCUGACUCCGCUCGAUAGAACAAUCGAAGAGCGUUCUGUCCCUCCUGUCCGGGAAGAUGAUGCUGAGGAGACCCCGAGCAUUCUUCCAAAUUACCCGGGCGGCCCCAAAACUCUGAACGUGGACGAUGAUCUAUCAAGACCUCCGUCUCGGACCGAAAGCGUGAGUUCACAUCGAAGUAAGCCAGAUGACUGGCGACCCUAUGACACCCCCAACCCGGGUUGGGUCCGGGACAUGCUUUUACCGCUUUUCAAUCGAGAUCCGUUCGUAGAUGUAGCAGAGACCAAUCCGGACUUGAGAAUCAAGCGGGCUUUCCAUCAACAGGAUUAUGAUCGCAAAGGCGCAAUUGCUGACCACAAAGUACUGCGGCUGUGCGAGGAUCUUUUGAAAUCGAUCGGGUUAUCGGAAAGAUUCCAGAGGCUCAGGGCCACCGUUUACUCUAUGGAUGCCGAUGGAAACGGGCAGUUUGAUGAAGCCGAAUACAUGACUUUGAUGAAGAUACUGAUUUUGACUGCCAUGGACUUGAAAAAAGAUAUGCUUUCCGCGACAUUGUCAGAUUACGGAACGCAGGCAGGGAAGCCCACCGGGGCGAAAGGACAGUCGUCAUUUCUGCCAUGGGGCUGGAGCGUCCAAAAACAGUCUGGCCAUCUCGUUUAUCACGACACGAUUGCUGAUUUAAAACACGCCAGCGCGCCAUCACUUUCAGCCAUCAGCUUCACUAUUAUGGCCGAGAAAGCCCGCACCGCGAUCGAAAAGAUCGAUGACUUUGAAGAGCGGUGGCUGAAAAUCGUUCCGAAAGAGCUCCAGCGCAGCCAAGAGUUCAAAGCCCCUUUGGAAGCUGCGCGUGAACUGGCAUACCGAUUUAUACCGUUUGAGAACCCAAUUGACCGCCAGACGAGAUCAGAUUUGGACACGAUGAUCUGUUUCAGCCAGAUUUUACAUAACAGGGGCACACCAAUGCAUCAGAUUCCCUUUCCUGCCCCGGAAUUGCAGGAGGCAUCUAGAUACGUCCACUUGGCCCUGCACCAGAUUUGGGGGUUUGUGACCAUACUCGAAAAAAUAUCUCACGAGGUUGGAAACCAUGACGAAGCCCAUUACUAUCCCAAGCUCAACGAGAAACUGCGAAGCUACCAGGUCGCCCUAUUAGCAAAACAAUUGACUUUUUCGACGCCGACCGAACAAUGGAACAAGCACGUCACAAAGACAAUUGAAAGAUGUCGCAAUGCUAAUGCACUAUCUUUGUUGAAAAGUUUGGAGCCAGAUUGUAAACUCCUCGCCACAAGGUACUACAAUCGAAUCUGCCACGCACUGAACAAGUCAGAAAGCGAACUUUUGAAAUGGUCCGUCACUUUCGAGAAAGUGGAGAUAUGGAAUUGGACCAUGUCGCGUAGUAGGAGAUUGCUAGAUACAAACAAGAAAGUGUGGGGCAAGAUUUACGUUGUUGAUGGAACAUCAAAAGAUCUGGCAGCCGCUAUCCCACCCAAACACAAAAGGUCCGAGAAUAUUUCUUGGGAGUUGAAUUCCUGUCGACAUGCCCGUGAAGACCGGUUCUUCAGGACUGAUCAGUGA